UUAUUUUAUUUAUAUUAUUUUGAAGAUUAAUUUAAUUGAUUACUAAUUUUCUUAUUUAUUAUUAUUUAGUAUGAUAUUCUUUAUUUUACCUAUUGUAAUAAAUAUUUUAUUUGCCAUAAAUAUUUUUGUAUCUGAAAUGGCAACAAAUCCUUUGUUCUCUAAAUGGAUUAAAGAGUCUCUGGCAUUAUCAUCAAUGUGCACAUUAUUUUCAGCCAUUGAUAUACAAAUAUUAAGCACUUUAUCAUCGGAUUUAUUUGGCCUUAAAAUAUUUUCGAUUCCUUUGACUCAAAGAUCAAAAAAAAUAAUGCUUUGGGGUAGUAUCAUAAACAUCUUUAUUGAAGAUGUACCUCAAAUCAUUAUCCAAGGGCUAUAUUACAAUAGUGUGAUAACAUAUGAUCUUAUUCCAUCUCUUGCGAUUGCAUCUGGUGGAUUAAUUAUAUUAAAUAAAUUAAUUUUAAGAUCAUAUCAUGCGUUGAUAAGAUGGAUUCAUCGACGUGAUAAAAUUAAUGAAUAUAAUAAAAAUCGACGUUUAUCCGCCGCAUCCAUAAGAUCCAUAAGGUCGAAUUUUGGGAAUUAAAACAGAGGAAAAGAUCUUGCCUCUAAUUAGACGAAAAAAAUAUAGGGAUUGUACACAGCAAAAAUCUCUUUCACUGGUUAUUAUUAUUACAGGUUUUAAAAGUAGAUUAAAUCAGAAGUAUGAAGUGUCAAUUCAUAGAAUAUGAAUAAUAAUGAUAGAAUAUGAGUAAUAAUGAACAUUAUUUUAGUAAAUAGAUUGUAAAUAUUUUAAUUUUUUAAGUAUUAUUAAUCUAAUAAAAU